AUGUACGGCGGAGGGAUCGGCACGGACCAGUGGCCCCCGUGCGGCGGCGGCGCGGCGGAGGAGGUCGACUCGCCGCCGCCGCCGCCGCCGCCGCCGCCGCCGCCGCCGCCGCCGCCGCCGCCUAGGGAGAACCGGUACAGGGUGGUCCGGAGGCAGCCGUGGGGGAAGUGGGCGGCGGAGAUAAGAGACCCCAUGAAGGGAGCCCGCCUGUGGCUCGGCACCUUCGGCACCGCCGAGGACGCCGCGCGCACCUACGACCGGGCGGCUCGGCGCACUCCGCGGCAAGAAGGCGAAGGUCAAGUUCCCCAGCGCGGAGGAGCCGCCGCCGGCGGCGACGGGCGGUGGCGGUUGCCAGCCGUCCACGGAAUCGUAUCUGAGGUUCCUGGAAGACGGAAGCGGAUGACCGGCAGGGCCUGA